AUGGCACAAAACUCUGCUUCUGAGACACGCAUCUACUUGUUGGAACAAAGAAAAAACAAGGAACUCAAUUUGGAGCAUAUCGAUGAACAAAUGCGAAUGGAGCAAGUCAGACAGUCGGCAUCUAAGAUGGAGUGGACAUCGUUUGGUCAGGCAGUACGACGCAAUUUGCAGGAAAAACGGAAUACAAUAGAUGCUGAUGGUAGAAAGGACGUACUCAAAGGAAUCGCUUUUAUGAAAUCGAGAAUGCCAAUCGAAACAACGUUCACAAUGCAGGAGAAAGUCAAAAUCAUGGCUGAGAGCUUGGGAUGUUCCCACGCUCAAACAUCUCGCGGAUGGUCAAUCACCAAACCAGAGGAGCUCAACAUGGAUUUGACUAUCACUGAAGGACAAGUGACCACAGUUGUGCUCAGUUUCUGGGAGGAACCAUCAUUCUACUCACCGGAAGCCACUAAGAUGCUGCAAAGUGAUCAGUGGACGGAACUGCGGAACAAAAUCGCGGGAAUGCUAUCUAAAUAUGACAGGCAGAUUGGCAGACGAGAUCUUGCCAACUGCAAAGGAGCACUGUCAAUGCUUGAGAUGCUGUUUUCCCACUUUUCACAAGACGCUUCUUUCAUCGCCGUCCAUAGAUCCAACUACGGUUACUACUUGCGACCAUCAGAUCUACGCAACGGCCGUGUCUACUAUCUUGCUGAUCCAUUCUACCGUUCAUUGAGAUCAAAAGACCGUGUCUACCACUUGACCGAACAAGAUUAUGACGCUCUUCCAUACUUUGAGGUAUCGUUCAUCAACUACGAUUCUCCAUGCACACUUCCAGAUUACUACAAUUCAGGCGAGUGGGUGGAAAGUAUUGAAGCUGACGUAGCCAUCUGCAUGAAACUAUCAAGAGGAGUUGUCAUGAGUGAGGCUACCAGGAAGAAGCUUGGGCAAUUCAGUAAGAAAACUGUAUCAAUCAGACACUAUACCAACUGUUAUCGUUAUUUGACCGGAGAAAUCAAAAUCAAUAACAAUCUGAAAAUGAUCACUCAGUUCACUGAUGGAAAGGCCCAGCAUCUUUACAACGUUGAUGUCACAUCGUUCAACGGCGAAGGAGAUUCAGUCAUCACUGAAAUUUUUCUCGAACACAUGCAGGACUUCCACAAAGUCAUCUCGAUUCUCCGUAACGAAGCUAUGCAUAUAAGUCUCUGGGAGUCGGUGCUUUCAUCGUGCUACGAGCAACAAGGUAUCAAGGAACACGUCGUCUCUGCCAUCAGAAUGAACAUUUUCUUGUCUCGGGAAGAGAUUGUGAUCACUUUCAAAACGAAAUAUGCUCCAAUUAAAAUUACCAUCCGCGACAACGCCAAUCUUGAGACCAAUGUAGAAGUUGUCAAUGCUGAAACAAACCUGCCGAUUGCAAAACAAAUUGAUGAGACAUUGACCCGCAAAUUGAAUGAGACUUGGAGCAUUCCAGUCACCUUGACUUACGCUGUUUCUGGAGAGGACUGCAAACUGGCCAAAAUCAAAGUGCCACUCCGUGCCGAGAAUCCGGAAACUAAAGCUCCAACUCCAACAGCCAUUAUAAUGAGACGUUAG